AUGGGAGGCUCCAUAGCCAUAAAUAUUGCAAAUUUGUCUCUACUUCCAAAUAUUUUGGCUGUUUCUGCAAUUGAUGUUGUUGAAGGAUCGGCAAUUGCUUCAUUAACCUUUAUGCAGCAGUUUUUAAGGGAUAGGCCUCAGACUUUUGUUUCGAUGGAAAAAGCAAUUGAAUGGUGUAUGAAAAAUAGAAUUACUUCUAAUUUGAGAGCAGCUAAAGGUUUUUUUAAAAUAAAUUUAAGGAAAAAUUUUUGGAGUAUUUGCGGAUUUUUGAUUUUUUGCGGACUUUUUUUGCGGAUUUUAAAAUUUUCUAAAAAAAUUUUUUCAAAUUUUCCAGUUUCAAUGCCGUCUCGACUUGUUUAUUUUGAAAACAAUGGAAAGAAAAUGUUAAAAUGGAGAACCAAUUUAUCCAAAACAGAGCCUUAUUGGAAAGGAUGGUUUAAAGGCCUUUCAAAAUCAUUUCUUAAUUGUGAACCUGUAAAGAUUUUGAUACUUGCAAAUAUUGAUAGAUUGGAUAGAGAAUUGAUGACUGGCCAAAUGAGAGGACAAUUCCAAUUAGAAGUUAUGCAUAAAUCUGGACAUGCAGUUCACGAAGACAAUCCUGAGGAUGUUGCAAAAAUUUUCUCUAGAAUUAUUGAACGAUACAGAAAAAUAUUGAAUUUUUGA